AAUAAAUCACGGUGUAAUACCUGCACACGACGAGGCUCUCACACCGAGCGAGCCACUCAGUUACCCCGAACUAAAUACACUUACACCAACUGUAUAAAUCGCCAACUUUGAAUUUGUUGAAUUUGAACAAUGAUAUCGAAUUAUCAAUUUAACGAGAUAUCCGACAUUAAAAGACCCGUUGAUCUAAGUUAGCGAACCUUUGAAGUCCCUUUUUUGUACGCCAAUUAACACAUAGAGAAUUAAUUUUAUUAAUACGUUUUAAGCAAUCUGCUCCGGUAGUUCAGGAUUUAAUUUGCCAUUGUCUGUACAAAAUUGUUUUAAUUAAAUAAAGUAUAUGUAAAGAAUGCGAUUCAUUGUACAUAUUGUGCUCCAGGACAUCUCAUUGGUCGACGAAAUCCCGCCCACCCCCUAAUUCGCAAUGGAUUCAGCCCAAAGCGUGUAUUGUACGAAACGGUAUCGAACAAUUCCGUAUACAAAACAUAACAGGAUUUACAGAGUAUUUAGCCUAUUUAAUUCAGAUUUAAAAGUUUCGUGCAUCUUCGAUAACUGUGAAAGUAUUACGGAGGCAAUGAUCACUGCCAUGGUGAACUGGAAUUUCUUUGAAUGAAGAACACCUGUAUAGCUGCACAAAGUUGAUUUAAAAUUGGUUAAAGGGAUAGCCAAGUCAUUUGGGAGAGAUUACAACUGCAUGCAUGUUUUGUACUGUGGAAAUGUAAUGUAGAUAGGCCCUGCUGUCGUGGUGGUGAUUUUAUUUUAUGUAAGAAUUCCAUUCACCCCAAAAUGAAGCCAAAAUUAUAUUUCAAGGAUUGCUUAUCGUGGAAUACAAUGUUCGUAUUAGUGAUAUCAAUGUUGUCAUUAUCUGCCGUAAUGGCAUGUCCAAAUGAAUGUUUUUGUAAACAAAAGACAGUAGAUUGCAGUUACAGGAAAUUACGAAAAAUACCAAAUGGAAUACCCCUUGAGACACAGCGCCUGGAAUUACAGGGGAAUAAUAUAACCACGGUCAGAAGAAACGAUCUACAGAAUUUAGGCAACCUGAGAGUUUUACAAUUACUAGAAAACAAGAUACACGCUAUUGAGCAAGGAGCUUUUCGGGAUCUUGACCAAAUGGAAAGAUUGAGAAUAGACAGAAACGAACUAGCAGAGCUUCCAGAUAAUUUGUUUGCAUCGAUGACAAAGCUUCAACGAUUAGAUCUGAGCUACAACAAACUGAAAGUUAUUGGAAAAAAGACGUUGGUUGGAUCCACUGUCCUACGCAAUUUACAACUGGACCACAACAAGUUGGAGUGUGUAUCGGAGACAGCGCUUAAACCUUUGCACAACAUGGAGAUCUUGACCUUGAACUACAAUGAGCUGACAUCUCUACCCAAGAAUUUAUUUGACAGCAUGACCAAUCUUCGGACAUUGAGACUGAUAGAUAAUAAGUUUGUGUGUGACUGUCACUUGUCAUGGCUAUCAAAGUGGCUGAAGGCCCACCCCAAUCUCGGAUUGUACACAGAAUGUUCCGCCCCGCCCAAUUUACAGGGGAUAGAGGUGGACGAAGUCCAGAAAUACAGCUUCCAGUGUAGUACUGGUCAGGACACUGCACAGCAGCAGAGUGAUAGAUGUUCUUCUGGGGCUUCCUGUCCAAAGGGAUGCAGCUGUACAAAUGCAGUGGUAGACUGUCGGGGUGCAGGGCUGACAGAGUUCCCUUCUGUGUUUCCUGAUGAUGUUACUGAAAUCCGUUUGGAGCAAAAUCACAUUGUCGUGGUGCCUAUCCGGGCCUUCGCUGAUCUGAGGAAGCUUCGUAGAAUUAACUUGAGCAACAACAAAAUCACUGAGAUUGCUGCAGAUGCCUUCAGUGGUUUGACGUCGCUUAAUUCUCUGGUGCUUUAUGGGAACAAGAUUAGUGACUUGCCCCCUGGCCUGUUUAAGGGCCUAUCAUCUCUUCAGUUACUAUUGCUAAAUGCAAACCAGAUAAAGUGUAUAAGAGUAGAUGCAUUCCAAGACCUCGCUAGUCUCAAUCUUUUGUCUCUUUAUGAUAACAAGAUACAGUCUCUGGCCAAUGGGACAUUUGCUCCACUGAAAAAUAUCAAGAACUUGCACCUGGCCCGUAAUCCAUUUAUUUGCGACUGUAACCUGCAGUGGCUGACCGAAUAUUUACACCAAAACCCUGUGGAAACCAGUAUUGCAAGGUGUGAGGCACCGGGACGGAUGAAGCGCAAGAAGAUAGCCACUGCAAGAGCUGGGAAGUUCAAAUGCAAAGGUUCAGAAAUCCACAGAACUAAGAAUGCAGGGCAAUGUGUGAUUGAUGUAGAGUGUCCCAAGCAGUGUGUUUGUUUGGGCACUGUGGUCGAUUGCUCAAAUAGACAUCUGACACUAAUACCAGACAAUCUUCCCAUUUACACCACAGAACUGAAACUUCAGAACAAUCAAAUUGAGAAGCUUGGGGCAAACAACGUGUUCAGAAGACUCGUUAAUUUACAAGUCAUAGAUUUGAGCAGUAAUCGUCUCCAGGAGAUAGAAGAAGGUGCAUUUAAUGGGGCAAAGAAGCUGAUAGAUGUAGAUUUGUCCAAUAAUAGAAUUGGAAAGCUUUCGGGGAAAUCUCUGCAGGGACUGGAAACCGUCAGAAUGAUGAUUAUUGAGAAAAACCGAAUUACCUGCCUGAGCAACACAACAUUUAACGCUCUGACGGAGCUUCGGCAGCUGUCUCUGUAUGGGAAUGAAAUAAGAUGCAUAUCUGAGGGAGCUUUUGAUAAACAAGGAUUUCUGUCAAUUUUAAAUCUGGAGUCCAAUCCUUUUAAUUGUAAUUGUCACAUGGGAUGGCUGAGUAGCUGGUUAAAGAAGAGUAAUGUUGUUACUGGUGUACCCAUGUGUUUCCUUCCUACCCGACAUAAGAAUGUUCCUAUGCUGUCAAUUAAAGAGGGGGAGUUCACUUGCCCAACUGAUAUGGAUGUUGGAUGUAACACUGGAAUUUCCCCCUGCUGUUCCGAAACUGUAGAUAUUGCAGUGGGAAGUUGUGACCCCCGAGCAUACUGUCCCCCAAAGUGCACCUGUACCGGGACUGUUGUUAGGUGUAGUAGACAGGGACUCAAAGUAGUCCCUGCACUUAUUCCAGGGGACACCACUGAACUGUAUUUGGAUGUAAAUAACAUUAAGCAUCUCCCUCCUGAAAUUGGUCGACUUACAAAGCUGCAAAGAUUAGAUCUCAGCAAUAACAACUUGGUGACACUACCACAUCACAUAUUCUCCAAGUUCACUAAUUUAGCCACACUAAUUUUAAGCUAUAAUCAGUUGGAAUGCAUGGCACCUACAAGCUUUUCUGGUCUUCAUAAACUCAGAAUUUUAUCUUUACAUGGAAAUAAUAUAUCAUCUAUACCAUAUGGAACAUUCAAAGACCUCACAUCAUUGACCCAUUUGGCCCUGGGAGGCAAUCAAUUAUACUGUGAUUGUAACCUGAAGUGGCUGUCGGAUUGGAUCAAGAAGGACUAUGUAGAGUCUGGCAUAGCCUCUUGUGUGGGUCCUAACUCCAUGCUCAACAAACUUCUCCUCACCACCCAGUCCUCGCUGUUUGUUUGUAAUGGGCCACCUGACCCUGAGGUAAUGGGAAAAUGUAAUGCUUGUCAAAAAGACCCCUGUCUUAAUGGUGCCACCUGUAAGAGUAUUGACUUCAAAAACUUCACCUGUGCAUGUCCAGCUGGAUUCCAUGGGGACAAAUGCGAAAAUGAAAUCAAUGCCUGCUUUAUUAAUCCGUGUCGUAAUGGAGUUUGUGAAGUAUUGGAUCAUGGGAGAUUUAGAUGUAAAUGUAACAGCGGAUUUCGUGGUGACCGAUGUGAAGUAAACAUUGAUGACUGUAAAGGUCAUGCCUGUAUGAAUAAUGGUUCCUGCAUGGACUUGGUGGAGGGCUAUACCUGCUUAUGUGCUCAGGGAUACACAGGCAAGAUGUGUCAACAAAAAAUUCUAUAUUGCCGAGGAAAUCACAACCACUGUCAAAAUGGAGGCUCGUGUGUGAAUUUGGACACAGAUUACAGUUGCAAGUGUCCUACAGGGUAUGGAGGGAAGAAUUGCUCGGAGAACCUCGACGAUUGUAAGUCCCACAUAUGUCAGAAUGGUGGGCGUUGUGUGGAUGGCCUGGGAUCAUAUACCUGCUACUGUCCGAGGGGAUACUCCGGACGCUUCUGUGAAAUAGCCCCUCUCACUGUUAACAAUCUAUUCUCUUAUAACAGUCUCUGCAAAUCUCAUGCCUGUCAAAAUAAUGGGGUGUGCUAUGUACCCAAAGGUGGUUCUCACUACAUGUGCCAGUGUGCUCCAGGUUUUUCGGGAAAGAAGUGUGAAAAACUGACCAGCGUUUCUUUUAUUGCUGAUGAUUCCUAUAUUCAGAUGCCACAAAUUGAUUUCAAAUCCAUGGUUAACAUCACCAUGCAAAUGAAGACAAAGACCGACUCGGGUGUGAUAUUCUACAUUGGGGCUGAUCAGCAUCUGGCUGUGGAACUAUUCCUGGGUAGAAUUGGAAUUAGUUUCUUUACAGGAAAAUCUCUGAUGUCCACACUGUACAGCUAUAUUUUCAGUUACGUAACUGUAAAUGACGAUCGUCUUCAUACUGUGGAGCUCCUUAUUCAUCACCGUAACUUCACCAUGCGUGUAGAUGAUGGUGUGUCGAGAUCUGUGGUGAACAUGGGAGAUAGUAAAUAUCUAGAUGUAAAGGAUGAUAUGUAUAUCGGGGGACUGUCAGCUAACAAAAGCUCACUAGCUCAUCAAAAAUUCCAAAUUAGAAGUCAGACCAGCUUCAAGGGGUGCUUUCAUGGUUUCUAUAUAAAUGGAAAACAAUUGGAUUUUAGUGCCUCUAAAUAUAACCAUAAAGUAAUGCCAGGGUGUAAGGUCGAUCAAUGUGCAAAUAACAAGUGUAAAAAUGGACAGUGCAAGCCACGGAAAAAGAAGGGAGGCUAUCGAUGCAAAUGUCGACGAGGAUAUUCUGGGAAAUUCUGUAACUUAGUUCCAACAUGUAAGCAGAAAGUAUUCCGUAGCAGAUAUACACACCCUGUAACAAAGUGUAUGUCUCGAACACGGAUAAAAUUCAGACGAUGUGAAGGGUCGUGUGGAAAGUACUGUUGUAAACCAAAGAAAAUUAAAACACGUAAAGUUAGACUAUAUUGUAAAGACGGAUAUUCAUACAUUCAUAAUCUUGCAGUAAUCCGAAAAUGUGGCUGUAGAAAAUGUCAGUAAAUGAGUUACCUGAACAUAGCAGAACAAUUGUCCAUGUUGUAUUGCGAUUUCUGUAUCGCAGCACCUGUCAAGUCCUGAGUGUUUUAAAAGACAGAGAACUGCCAAAUCAGGCCAAGUAUGUGUGAACAAAAUGGAUUUCUGCCAACUUAGACAGAUAAAGAAAUUUGUUGUGCGUUGUACUUUUGAAGUUCAAAAUGUGUUCGAGAGUUUCGGAAUCUGCCUGAUGCAAAGCUGAGGACAUUGAAACAAAGCCGCGCCAAGAGUAUCAAGUGAAAUGUGGCUUUAUGACAUGCAGGAUAAAGGUUGUGACAAGCUUAUGUACACUGUACUGCAUAAGCAUACAGAGAUCUGCGUAUUCUAUUAUGAUAAUGUCUUGUAGAUUUCAAUAGUGCAUGUACAACAUUGUAUGUGAAGUUUUACUGAGUCGAAUGUAUGUUUCAAUAUGUGAUGUUAUUUUGAAUGGCAAAUAUUUAUUUGAAACGCAUUUCAGAUGUACAUAUCUUUUUUUAAUAUAUUUACAUAUGUAUCACAUUGACGUGUAACUUUCACAUCCAAAUGAGAAAAUAUUUCGUGAUGUAUCAGUGAUGUUGGCAUUAAUAGCAUGUUCAUGUGAUUUCAUUUGCAGAAGAUGCUCUGAAGAAAUUUAAAAGCUGAUUUUUAAUAACGUGAAACGUAAAUUUACUUGUACUACGCAAUCUUUUUGGAAGGCACGAUCUGUAAAGACAUUGAUAUCAUUUGUACAGUGAUAAAUACCGAGUUUUUGUGCUCACUUUAUGUCUGAUGUUUGUUUUUGUUUUGUAUAUAGAAAGAUGAAUUUUAAGAAAUGUAAAGUUUGUGUGUUGCACUAGCAUUAUAAUUCAACAUUAAGAUUGUUAGAGUGAAUUAGGUCAGCUGAAGCAUUGUGAAUCCAGUUCCAUGCAGGCAUACACUGCCCUCUAUGUCCGUCUGUAAAGUUCUGUAAUGGUUUUUUCUCCCCCGAUAUGACCACUCAUUUUAAAAAUUAAUGAGGAAAGAAUCUGUAUGUUUGAGGUUUUCUUGAUAUAACAAUUCAGACACAAGUCUGAUGUAGUUUGUGGUGAUUCUGUACCGUAGUGGGAUUUUUAGUCGGAGUUGAAUCAGUAAACAAGAAAAGUCAAUACUUUUUGAUAAAAAUGAAAUUGGACAUUAUUUAUUGGGGUGGUUUCUAUGAUUUUCUUCUUUUUUGAAGAAAAUGUUUAGUGCCCUCACAAGUCUACCUCAGAUGUAUGUAAUUGUAUCAUAUGACCUUGAAAAGAAUUGCCCUUGUUUAAAUUGGAAAAAUAUAGAUGUACUUUCAACACUCCCAUUUCAUUCAUAAUUCUCUAUUAAUCUCAUUGCUUUAUUUAAGAAAUGCAUUAUUUCACCAACAUAUUUUUUACAAUGUCAAUUAAGCAACUUUUGAAUAUUUUAAGAAAUUAUUCAUGCAAGUGUAUUUUGUGUAUGUGUUACUUAGAGCAAUUAAUAAUUUGUAUAAAACAACAGUAACACAAAACUUGAUAACAUGUUACAUAUUGUUGAAUAUGGCUGGAAAUAAAGUCAUUUUAUAAUGGUA